AUGCUACGAUCGAAUUAUUUCCUCACCACCUUGCUAGCCUCGGGCCUUGUCUUUAGUAGAGCUCAAGCAUUUCUGCUAGAUUCAGUUAUCGGCUAUGCAACUGUUUCUGCUGAGGCUGCUGAGUCUAACAAUCUAAAUAAUGAGUUAUAUUUCGAUGAAACCAUCACUCGCUUAGGAGCUGGCGUAUAUGUGGUAAACAACCCUUUGCACUUGGAAAGUGAAGGUUGGGCUUGUGUUAUCAAGGCGGAUACGGUCAAGUUCAACCAAGUCGGCAAAGUAUGGAUCCCGAAAUCUUAUCAGAGGAUGACUGCGGAUGAUCCGAGGGAGCAAGAAAACAUAUGGGACGAAAGCGAAGAAGUUAUCGUGGAUUACAUCCAAACAUUGAUGCCAGAGCCCGGAAAGGCGCUGCGCUUCUCAUGGGUUCGAAAUCGUACUAAUUGGCAGUUGCGAAUGCUUAUUCCAACGAAAGUGGUAGAAAGAGAUGAUUUGGAUUUACGGGCCGACUGCUUUGAAUCAAGAGAUAUGAUGAUAAAUGAGGUGGGCGAUAUCGUUCCUUGGUUAACUUGGACUAUUCAAGGACAGUCAGGUGGUGGAGCACCGAGCCUUAAGUAG